AUGAUACGGUUAGUCGAACUUGAUGACGCUAAAAGCGUACCACAUAUCUUAUCAGAACAUUGGGGAGAACCAUUUGCUUCAGGAAGGCCCGAACCGCUAGUAAGCGUGAAAUAUUCGGAUUCUGAGUCUUUUGACAGCGACAACGAUAUCACAAGCCUAAUAUCUUCGGUUGCUUUGGAUGAAAGUAACAGUGUACCGCUCACGGCUCCAACAACUCAAACAACUCAUGACUCCGAUGUCUCGUUAUCAAAGGAUAACGCGACUGAUGUUCCCGAAAAGAUUUUCGAUAGUUCUAUCUACCGAAGCCAGGAAUCGUAUUUACAGUUUAUGGAGCCAUCGCCGGUUUAUCCACCGCAUUACAGUACGUUGCCCCCAGGAGGAUGCCCAAGGUACCCCGUACUGGAAUCUGUCCAUCAGUCUGAUAGCUUACCACCGUAUUCGCCAGCCGCUUAUAAGAUCGGAAUGGUUGCUAAAAAAGCUGAGUGGCUCUCGCCCUUUCAGCCAGCUUCAAGUCGCUCGUGGAAAAACAUCAUCAUUGAGCUUAACUCGACACAAGUCAACUUAUACCGAGUGCCCUCCCAUCUCGAAUCCUAUUUGAGGAGUGCGUAUCGCUUGGAGGAUGGGUGCAAAGCCUUUGGCGAGGUAGCUCUUGAGUCCCGCUUCACGUCACAGAAAGAUAGGCAAUUUCACAGCAUUUGUUCCCAAUUAGGAGUUUUGCCAUUGGAUGAUACUGGGAUGAAACAGAGCUCGUCUCGUAUAUUUCACAAAGCCACUUCUCAAAGUCAUCUACUUCGAUCUUAUUCACUCUUGCAUGCCAAAGUAGGGUUGGCGAGUGACUAUUCCAAAAAACCUAAUGUUCUUCGGCUUAGACUAGAAAACGAACAAUUCUUGUUGCAGUUUCAUCUGACUAGAGACCUUAUAGACUGGCAUCUUGGAUUAUCUGUGGGUCAAGACGUUUCCCCAGAUAUUCAAGCGAGGGAAGUACCAAAGUAUCGAACUGUUCCAAGGCGGAGGCGGGGCCAAAGUUGUAUAAUCAACAGUGCUCCUUUUAUUAAUAAUAUGCGUGUCAAGCGAGCCAGAUCGAGCUCGAUGCCGAAUACUUCAGGUCGCUUACGAACUAAAUUUCAUGACGUCAAGCAACGGAUACGUUCCAACAGUACGAUGGAUCGUACUACUUCCAAUGUGAACAUGGAUGAGAGUUGGAAUUCAGAAACCAUUAUGGAAGUUCAGCAGUGCAUUGUGGCCCCAGUUAAUGAAACAGAAGGAGUGCCAAAAAUAGAAGAUAGAAAUGUGCAUGUAUUUGAGGACGACAGCGAAGACAUACGGAAUAUGAGUGAUCUUCAUCGGUCAGAUGACGAUGACGAGGGUGAUGACGAUGAUGAUGAUGAUGAAGAAGAGGAUAUUGAUGAUAUUGAAGGACGUAAUGCUGGUUCUAUUGGUACUUAUGGCAAUAUUGGUCAUGGUGAGGGUCACGGACAUGUUGCAACCGAUGACAGCGGCUCUAGCAAUUCAGCUACAAGGUUUACACCGGUUGAACGGCUAUCAUCAACAAUUGGUCUGCAAGUUCUGGAAAGCAAAGUGUCGAAUGUGACACAAAAAACCGAAAGCGAAAGGAGGUUUUUGAGGAAUUGUGUCAAAUGCAUCAAGCCAUUAUGCUUCGAUGAACCUUGGACCAAUAAAACCUUGGUCAAGGCGACUUCUGCGUCCACAGUUACUAUGCGGGACUCGAACCCGUGCCAUGUGGAUUCUGCUGUCCAACAUCGGGAGACAAGGCCAGGUUAUAUCUCUGAAACGAAGUCGUCUUUCCGGUCCAGGCGAGGUCUUUCGUUCACAAGAAACGCGUCCGACAACUGUGAAGUAUCUGCCGCUUGCACACCUAGUCACAAAUUACGAGAGUAUGUCGUUGGGUCACAUCUGCUUGUGCCCAAAGAGAGCUGA